AUGCCGAAAACCAAGUCAGACGAAAGAGUGGAGGAUGCCAUCAUUCGUCGCAAGGCUAUUCUGACAAACCUAUCGGAUGUGGAAAGGUUUACGAGAGAGUUCAACGUGGAUCGUGAUGUUGGGCGCCUCCAAGUUCGUCAAGAUCUAGUUGAUAGGAUCUACGACCAGUUCCAGAAGGCGCAAACCGUCAUCGAGAAGUGGGAUGGGCCAGACCGGCUCGAAAUGCGUUUGGCUGAGAGAUCGACCAUCGAGGAAAGGUUUUGCGAGGUGAAAGCAUUCCUUUUGAACAACAUACCGGAAAGGUUGAGUAGUUCUACAUCAGCAGAGCCGACCGCACCAACCAAUACAGCUAUGUUUCACCUACGCCUGCCCAAAAUAGAUCUACCGAGGUUCGAUGGUGAUUUUUCCCGAUGGUUGUCGUUCCGAGACACGUUCAAGUCCAUGGUGCACUCGAAUCCAGAUGUUCCAGCGGUUGCAAAGCUGCAGUACCUGCUACAGAGUUUGGAAGGCGAAGCCAAGAAACCUUUUGAGUCCGUAAACGUUGAGGCUGACAGUUAUCUCAUCACUUGGGAAGCGUUGAUGAAGAGGUAUGAUAACCAGCGGUACCUGAAACGACAGCUCUUCAGGGCAAUGUAUGACCUCCAACCUUUGAGAGAGGAGUCUUCGAAGGAUCUUCAUACCUUGACGGAUGACUUUGAUCGCCAUGUGAAGGCCAUGGCUAAACUGGGUGAGCCGGUAGGUUACUGGGAUACCCCGCUAGUGAAUCUACUGUGCUACAAGCUGGAUCCAACGACACUUCGAGCCUGGGAGGAAAAAACAAGCGACCUGAGAGACAUCACUUACCAAGAGUUGAUCGAUUUCCUGUAUUCUCGAGCGAUGAUGCUGAAGACGAUCGUCUCAGAAGAACAGCGCAAUCUGCAAACGAUUCCAGCGAGGAUGACGGGAUCCCAACCGAAGAAGGCGUUCCGAUUAGUGGCCAAUCCUGUUGCGUCUGAUCCAAAACCCGAUUUACCCGUGUGCGUAGUAUGUUCCGAACGACACCAUCUAUUUCGCUGUAGGAAAUUCGCCAGUUUCUCACCCAAUAACCGUCGUCAAGUUGUUACAUCCCAUCGAUUGUGUUGGAAUUGUUUCAAUUCCGGCCAUUUAGCUCGAAACUGUUCCUCCAGACACACUUGUCGUUUCUGUAAUGGAAAGCAUCAUUCUCUCCUCCACGAUGCAAUCAAGACCACCACCUUCAAUUCACUACCGGAACCAACGUCGCCAUUGUUGAAUUCGCCCCUACCAGCUACGCAGCGCAGUACCGCUCCUCCAGAUGUAGAUCCGCAACCAUCAACUUCGAGCCAACAAGUGUGUAUGACUGUUCAGGCAUCAAACAGUACAGUUUUGCUUGAAACAGUAAUGCUUUUGGUGGUUGACAGUACGGGGAAGGAAAUUCCGGCGCGAGCGCUACUGGAUUCUGCUAGUAUGUGUAGCUUCAUGACGAAGAAGUUAGCCAACACUCUCGACCUCCGCCGUUCUACCGUAGACAUAGCCGUUUCAGGGAUUGGUGAAUCAUCCAAGCAGAUCAAGCGCCAGUUGACUGCGAAGAUUCGCUCAACCGUAACCAAGUACGCAACGGAGUUAAAUUUCCUUAUCCUCAAAAGGCCAACAGUCUGCCUACCGACUGUGAAAAUUGAUGUUGCUGCUUGGAAAAUUCCCGACGUUGACCUGGCUGAUCCACAUUUCUUCAUUCCUGCGGACAUUGAUCUCAUCGUUGGCGGAGAAGUGUACCACGAACUUCACGGCGGCAGCAAGAUUUCCCUCGGCAAUGAAAUGCCGACUCUAGUUGAGACUGUGUUUGGAUGGGCUGUAUCCGGAUCGGUUCCAAUAAAUUCCUCCGAAACUCCCCGGUUAUGCCAUCUUACGACCAUCGAUCGAUACCAAGAUCAAUCCUCCGAAAGGUUCUGGAAACUCGAAUCUCUGUUGCCGUCUCAAGCUCUGUCAGCUGAAGAAACAAAGUGUGAAGAAGUGUUCAGUGCUACCACCACUCGCGAUUCGUCCGGUCGUUUCGUAGUUAGAUUGCCACUCACUAGCGAUCCCCUGGUACGUGUUGGUGAAUCAAGAUCCAUCGCCGAGCGCCACUUCGGAAGUCUAGAGAGGAGACUUAAGCGAGAUCCUGCCACUCGAGAAGCCUACGUUUGUUUCAUGGCCGACUACGAACGUUUGGGCCACAUGAUCAAGUUGACUGAUCCAGUAGACGACUCUGUCCCCCACUGCUAUCUACCACAUCAUCCAGUCUUCAAGGAGUCAAGCAACAGCACCAAGGUCCGUGUUGUUUUUGACGCUUCGUGCAAGACAUCAACCAGUUACUCCAUCAACGAUAUGCAGUUGGUGGGACCUACUAUCCAGGACGAUCUACUGUCGAUCAUUAUGCGCUUCCGAACCCACCCAAUCGCACUCGUAGCCGACAUUGAAAAGAUGUACCGCCAAAUACAACUGCACCUAGACGACUGUACGAACCAACGAAUUCUCUGGCGCCAAAGUCCCGAAGAGCCUCUCGCAACGUUUGAGAUGCAGACUUUGACGUACGGUUUCGCUUCAGCACCAUUUUUGGCCACUCGCACAUUACAACGCCUCGCUGAGGAUGAAGUCAAUCGUUUUCCUGUUGCCGCCCCAGCUGCUUCUGCUGGUUUUCCACUCGAGAAAUGGGCAUCCAAUGUCCCUGAAGCGCUUCGAGCGUCGUACCAAGCAGAUUGGAAGGAGUUUCACAGCACGCAAGAUACAAUCGCUACGAUCCAAGUUCCUCGCUACGUGUUUUCCGCCAAUGCCACUUCUUACCAAUUGCAUUUCUUCUCGAACUGCCUACGAUACUUCCGCUCGUUGAAAGCUGCUGCACGGAAGUCGGAAAGGGAUCCAUUCCGAGCGCUAACCACCGCCGAUCUGGUAGAGUUGGCUCUGUGUCGUCUUGCCCGGAAACAGAGUUUUCUUGAGGAGUUAGCCACCCUUGCAUCGAUCGGCCGUCUUCCACCUUCAUCGCAGUUGAAGUACAUCCGCACAAAACUGGAUUCGGGUGGAGUCAUUCGGAUAAGAGAAGUUCUGGCCAAUGCAACCGUUCCGGAAGCUACGAAACAUCAAAUUGUUCUGCUCGCGAAACACCCAUUUUCAAAACUGUUGGCGAAGUUUUAUCAUGGGAAUUUAUUUCACGCCGGCCCACAACUAAUGCUCGCCACGAUCCGUCAAAAAUAUUGGAUCAUUGGUGGACGCAACCUAGUGCGCCGCACAUUCCAUGAAUGCCACACGUGUUUCCGAAGCAGACCGAAGAUGAUCCAGCUGAUGAAUGUGGGCAACCCGUUGGAGAACCAAAAAGCUGCAAUCCCUGGGAACAACCAAUGA